AUGAGAGACAGUCGUGCUACAGGGUCUCUGACCGGUGCAAUCGAGCUAGAGCCACCACAAGCAAGAAUUGCUCCUGGCAACCCAAAGGAUCAAGGACUGAACGUAACGACCAAUGCCACUGAUAUCCAAGAAGCACGCAUGGAGAGGGACCUGGAUCUGGAAACAUUCUCUGCAGACUCGCAACAAGAACAGCCAGCUACAGUUGCACAUGCUCUCGAGAAAUGGAACGAGCCGUCAGUGAACAUAAAUCGAUUAUUCGCUACGUUUUGGAGUUUUGUCAUCAUGGGUGCGAACGAUGCUGCUUAUGGAGCUUUGAUCCCUUAUCUCGAAACAUACUACAACCUCAGCUACACAAUCAUAUCCCUCGUCUUCCUCUCCCCCGUCGUCGGCUAUGCCGCCGCCGCAAUCCUCAACAACAGCAUUCACAUGUACCUAGGCCAACGCGGCGUAGCCGCCCUCAGCUCCUCCGCGCAUUUGCUCGCAUACGUUGUAAACUCAGUGCACCCCCCUUACCCAGUUUUGAUAGUCUCAUUCAUGUUUGCCGGCUUGGGGAAUGGUCUCGCAGAUUCCGCGUGGAAUGCAUGGAUUGCGAAUCUGGGGAAUGCGAAUGAGUUGCUGGGACUGUUGCAUGGGUUUUAUGGUCUGGGCGCGGUGCUGAGUCCGCUGAUUGCGACGUCGUUGGUUACCAAGGCGGAGUGGCCAUGGUUUACCUUUUAUUAUUUGAUGAUUGGCGGUGCUGCAAUUGAGCUAGGUUUAACACUCCCAGCCUUCUGGGCGGCAGAUAAACACGACUUUCGUAAACGCACCGCACACAGCAAUAGCUCAGACCAACAUCAAAAAGAAAGUCGCUUGAAACAAGCCCUAUUCUCCAAAUCAGCUGCGCGAGUCACCUGGCUCUGUGCAGCGUUUCUUCUGGGCUACGUCGGCACCGAAGUUUCUCUAGGUGGAUGGGUUGUGACGUUUAUGAUGCGAGUGCGUGACGGUGGCGCGUUUGCCAGUGGUAUGACUGCCACGGGGUUCUGGAUUGGUAUUACUGUUGGAAGAGUGGUGCUAGGAUUCGUGACGCCCAGGAUUGGGGAGAAGAUUGCCAUUAUUGUCUAUCUAGUUGCCGCGAUGGCCUUCGAACUCAUUUUCUGGCUCGUCCCACAAUUCUACGUCUCGGCCGUUGCAAUCGCCAUUGAGGGCUUCUUCCUCGGCCCCCUGUUCCCAGCCGCAGUCGUCGCAGCCACAAAGCUUCUACCGAAGCAUCUACAUGUUUCAUCAAUUGGGAUUGCUGCUGCAUUAGGUGGGAUGGGGGCAGCAAUCUUCCCAUUCGCGGUGGGUGCAAUAGCGCAGUUAAAGGGGGUGCAGGUUUUGCAGCCCUUUGCGUUGGGGCUGUUGAUUGCUGUACUGGGUUUUUGGUUGCUUUUGCCGAGGAUGCCGAAGAGUAGGGAUUAA